UGCUUUCCAACUGGAAAGCAGCGAGAAUUCAGCAACGAAUCAAGUUCAGUCUCAAUAGAAACGAGGGCGGACAAUCCAUUCAAUCGGUUUUUCUACGUGGAAAUUGUGUUUCCUGCAUCGACCAAUUCAGUAUGUCUUCGUGAAAUAUCCGGAUUAGGAUUGGAAAGGUUCACCGGGAGCCUCAAGCAUGAUGCACAAAAUCGGCGACUAUCAGCGUAUUGAGAAAAUCGGCGAGGGAACUUAUGGCGUUGUGUACAAAGCCAAAGACGUCAACACCCAGAAAUAUGUCGCCCUCAAGCGGAUACGAUUGGACAGUGAAACCGAAGGCGUUCCCUCGACGGCCAUUCGCGAGAUAUCACUGCUGAAGGACCUACAGCACCAUUCGGUGGUGGAGCUGUUCGAUGUCGCCAUCAUGGACUCGAGCAUCUACAUGAUCUUUGAAUAUCUGGACAUGGAUUUGAAAAAACUCCUCGACAAGUACAAAUCUUCCUUCACUGUCAAGUUGGUGAAAAGCUACAUGCAUCAGAUGCUGGACGCGAUCGCCUUCUGCCACAUGCACCGGAUUCUGCACCGGGAUUUGAAACCGCAGAACCUGUUGAUCGAUCGCGAAGGACAUCUCAAGUUGGCCGAUUUCGGUUUGGCGCGCUCGUUUAAUUUUCCGAUGCGUACUUAUACGCACGAAGUUGUCACGUUGUGGUACAGGGCACCGGAAAUCCUGCUGGGAACCAAAUUCUACGCCACCGGAGUGGACAUCUGGAGCUUGGGAUGCAUCUUUGCGGAAAUGAUACUCAAACGACCACUUUUCCCGGGAGACAGCGAAAUUGACCAACUGUACCGCAUAUUUCGAACCAUGGGAACACCGGACGAAAGCCGAUGGCAAGGGGUGUCCCAAUUGCCGGACUUCAAGCCCAAAUUUCCCCGCUGGGAUCCUCAACCUCCGCCAGAGGAAAUCAACCGCUACCAGGCACAAUCCGUAUUCGAGCAGCUGAUGGUAUACGAUCCCACCAAAAGGAUAUCGGCCCGGAAUGCAAUGUUGCUGCCCUACUUUGAUGAUGUGGAACUGGUACCACCGGGAAUAUAGGGAUCGGGUUUUUCCUUGGGGUAUUUUUACUGGUUUCAAGUGUACAUUAACUGCCUUCUAACGAUGUAAUG